AUGUGCAGUGUAUCAAAACCCUUCCUGGUGCCGACAUACUGGAGUUUCCUUCGCAGCGCCCCGAGUGCCUUGCUUGCGAUUCUCGGGAUGAUCGAGGUGAUCUGCAAUGACCGUAUUGGGCGAAAGAUCCGAGUGAAGUGCAACCCUGAUGACACCAUCGCGGACCUCAAAAAGCUUAUCGCGGCACAGUGUGGGACCCGAUGGGAAAAGAUUCGAAUACAAAAAUGGUACAACACGUACAAGGACCACAUCACUCUCGAGGACUAUGAGAUCAAAGACGGUAUGGGCUUGGAGCUCUACUACAAUUAG